AUGCAACGCGAUGAGGCAACACUAACCGAGAGCUCCAUUGGACGUCUGAAAAUAUCCCUAAUGCUGCCCAGAUUGGCAAAUGAUCUGGAUCGGGUGAUGAACCAGUUGCGAUUCACCUUCUACGAACCGGCCAGAAACCUGUUGAGGAACAUGCUGCAUUUGGAUGUGCUCAAAAUGGAGGAGUUCAAUGCUGAUGUUCUGCACAUCAUCGACUAUUUUCAGCAUCAUUUUGACAUCCACGAAAUGUUUCCCGAGUUGCUCGAAACUCUCUCGAUUCAGGAUCGACAGCUGAUCGAUGCAUUUGAAAAUCUUUUGAAAGUUGCCGAACGACAUUUGAGACGCACUUCCCGAGCCGAAAUCAAUAUGGAACGAAAGCUGCACAUUAUGUUCCAGGAGCGGGAAAGGGUUCAGACACGCAUCGAGUAUUACAGAAAGCAGCUGAGAUCCAAGAAUGCGGUUCUACGCUGGAAACAAGCAGCUAGGCGGAUUAUACUCGAGAACCAGGAGAAUGAUUUGGCCAGCAAAAAGUGGAAGAAUAAUGUGCGCAUCCAGAACGAAAUUGAGAAACGCAGUCGCAUUUUGGGGGAUAAUCACAAGAGCAGCCUGGAGAAACAGGAAGAGCUGAGGCAGGAACUGGACAAAGCACGCCGCGAUUACGAGCUCCUCAUCCAAAAGAAUGCGCAGAGGGAGAAGGAAAUGAGAGCGGAAAAAAACAAAUUACUAAUUCAACUGGAGGGCAUCCUACAAAAGUAUGACAAUAAUAUUGGUGAGAAAUUGCGUGAAAACCUCCAACUGGAGGAUCAGUAUAAAGUGGCCAAGAAGGAGUUGGAUGAUUUCAUGGUCGACUAUCGCGAGGAAGAAGCUAUCUAUAACAGAAUUGUGGUUACCCACGAGCGGGAGGAGCAGCGAAAGCAACAGGAACGCAUUCUCAUCUUUAUGAUGAAUCGGGCUGCGCGAAAGAUACAGAAAUAUUAUCUCAAAUGGCGCCGGGACCAAAAACUCAAAGCUCGCAAAGCUAGAAAAUCGAAGAGGAAGAACUGAGUAAAGUGAAAUAGUACUGAAAAAUCGGAA